AUGCGCGGAGGCAGCAGCAGCAACAUCAGCACGGGCAGCAACAGCAGCAGCAGCAGCAGCAGGAAGGUUCUUGUCUCGGUAGUGACAGCCACAGGCGUGCAGCACCUUGAUAGAAGGUGGAAGCUGCUGCUGCCUUCUGCUGCUGCAGUUAGAGACGUGCUUUUGCUGCUGCAGCAGCAGAUUGAGCCCUCGCCGCCUUUGCUGCUGCUGCGGCUCCUUCACAGGGGCCGCGUGGUGUCUCCGGAGGAGACACUGCAGCAGCUGCUGCAGCAGGAAGCACCAGAAGAAACCCCUGCUGCUGCUGCUGCUGCUGCUGAGCCGCAACAGCAGACCCUCACUCUUAUUUGGGAUACAGCAGUGCCUCCUGCAGCGGAGACAGAUGCUGAGGCCCAAAGCAACAGCAGCAGCAGCAGCAACAGCAGCAGCAGCAACAACAGCAGCAGCAGCAACAGCAGCAGCACCUGUUCAGAUGCACAGGCUGUUGCUGCUUACAUGGCAGCGGGCGACGCAGCAGGCCGAGUUGCUGCGCUGCUGCAUCGGGAGGCAGAAAUCCUAGCAGCAGCAGCAGCAGCAGCAGCAGCAGGUGGUGAGGGUAGUGCUGCGGCAGCAGAAGGAAAACCGCAGCAGCCCCCUGCUGCUGCUGCUGCUGCUGCAGCUGCUGCUGCUGCCCAGCGAGCCGUCUUUGGUGGUUCGGAUGUUCCGCUCCAGAGCAGCGAGGAGUUGAAUGCUGCUGUACAGACACUGCAGCAGAUACUGCAGCAGCAGCAGGAGCAGCAGGAGCAGCAGGAGCAGCAGCAACAAGAGCAGGAGGAGCAGCAGCAGCAGCAAGAAGAGGAGACUGUAGAGUUUUUUCCUCCGCAGCCGCGUACACUGAGAGAGUAUUUGAGGCGGCAGCUGCUGCUGCACGUGCAGAUACACCCGAAGUUGCUGCUGAAGGUAGCAGCGAGCUCGCUGCUGCUGCAGCAGCUUGUAGCCUAUGCAGCACCAGCAACGCAGACCCAGCACCAGCAGCAGCAGCAGCGGAUGCGGGAACUGCUGCUGCUCUCCGCUGCACCUGCUAUGCUGCUGCUGCACCUGAGGCCCCUGCUGCUGCUGCAGCAGUUUGCUUGGCAGCUGCUUCCUAAAGGCAGGGGUUGGCGGCUGCUGCGGCUGCUGCUGCCUCCUGCUGCUGCUGCAAUGCUUGAAGACGAGCAGCAGAUCCCGCUGCGGCAGCAGGUGCUGCAGCAGAAGCAGCAGCAACUGGAACACGAACAAAGGCAGCAGCAACUGCGCACGCAGGAAUUGCUGCUACAGGGACAGAUGCAGCAGCAGCAGCAAGAGGAGCAGCAACCGCAGCAACAGCAGCAGCAGCAGUCUGCUGCAGCUUAA